AAACAUUCUACUGAGAUACAUGAAAAAAACAAACAAUUUCUUUUGUUUUCAAUCCAUUUAUCGUAAAAUAAAUUAGCUCGCCUGAAGCGAGGCAAUACUCAUUUCGGUGGUCGUGAACUUGAUUCCGUCGGAAUCAAUCCCCAAAUCUUCAUCCCUCGCCGGAAGCGAUUCCGUAUAUGAGCGGUGGCGCGCCUUCGAUUCAAUUCCUAACCGAUGGAUUCACCGGGUGCUUUGAGGGACACGUCGGUUAUCGUGGUGACGCUGGAGUCCGACGAAGUCUACAUCAUCGUGAGCCUCUCCAUCAGAACGGACACUCAGGUAAUCUACGUCGAUCCAACCACCGGGGCGCUUCUCUACUUUGCCAGGCCAGGGUUCGAUCUGUUCAAGUCGCAGGGUGAGGCCUUGAAUUUCGUCACCAAUGGAUCGCGAUUUGCUUGCAAGAGCAAGACUCCCGCAAGGGCGAUAUUAGGAUACGCCGCGUUCGGGAACGUGGCGAUGCUCCUCGUCGCGACGAGGUUGACCGCCAGCGUUCCCAAUAUGCCGGGUGGCGGUUGCGUGUACACGGUGGCGGAGAGCCUCUGGAUCAGGAUUCCGCUGCACAAUGCGGUGUCGCUGGGGAAGGGAGAGGCCAAGAACGUGCAGGAGUUGACGGAGCUUGAUAUUGACGGGAAACAUUACUUCUGCGAGACGAGGGAUGUUACGCGCCCUUUUCCAAGCCGCUUCCCGAUGAAUCAACCUGAUGAGGAGUUUGUUUGGAACGCGUGGUUUUCUACGCCGUUUGUUGAUAUUGGCUUGCCACGGCAUUGCGUCACGCUACUGCAGGGGUUUGCAGAAUGUAGAAGUUUUGGAAGCUCAGGUCAACUCGAAGGUAUUGUGGUUCUCAUAGCUCGUCGAAGUAGGCUUCACCCGGGUACUCGAUACUUGGCAAGGGGCCUAAAUUCAUGUUUCAGUUCAGGAAAUGAAGUGGAGUGUGAACAACUUGUAUGGGUUCCCAAACGAUCUGGUCAAAGUGAACCUUUCAACACAUAUGUGUGGCGAAGAGGCACUAUUCCUAUCUGGUGGGGUGCAGAACUGAAAAUUACAGCUGCAGAAGCUGAAAUUUAUGUUUCAGAUUGCGAUCCUUAUAAAGGAAGUGUAGAGUAUUAUGGAAGACUGAGUAAGAGAUACGAUGCUCGAAAUCUAGAUGUACGUGCUGGUGAGAAACCGAACAGGAAAGCCUUGGUUCCCAUUGUCUGCAUAAACUUGCUUCGAAAUGGUGAAGGGAAGUCAGAGUCCCUUUUAGUUCAACAUUUCGAGGAGUCUAUUAACUUUAUUAGAUCAUCUGGGAAGCUUCCGUACACUCGGGUGCAUUUGAUAAAUUAUGAUUGGCAUGCUAGUACAAAAUUAAAAGGUGAACAAAUCACAAUUGAAGGUUUAUGGAUACUUCUGAAAGCACCUACUAUAUCCAUAGGUAUAUCUGAAGGGGAUUAUUUGCCUUCCCGACAACGAAUAAAUGAUUGCAGAGGUGAAGUUAUCUACAAUGAUGAUUUUGAAGGUGCAUUCUGCUUAAGAACACAUCAAAAUGGGAUCAUACGUUUUAACUGUGCCGAUUCUUUGGAUAGGACCAAUGCUGCUAGUUUUUUUGGCUGCCUCCAAGUAUUCACCGAGCAAUGUAGACGGUUAGGGAUAUCACUUGAUAGUGAUUUGGCUUUUGGUUAUCAGUCAAUAAGAACUAAUUAUGGUGGAUAUACUGCUCCACUGCCACCUGGGUGGGAGAAGCGAUCUGAUGCUGUGACAGGCAAAACAUAUUAUAUUGACCACAAUACCAGAACAACCACAUGGAUGCAUCCAUGUCCCGAUAAACCAUGGAAGAGAUUUGAUAUGACAUUUGAGGAGUUCAAGAGAACAACAAUUUUAUCUCCCGUAUCUCAACUUUCUGACCUUUUCUUACUUGCUGGGGAUAUUCAUGCUACUCUUUACACCGGUUCCAAAGCAAUGCAUAGCCAAAUACUUAGCAUAUUCAGCGAAGAAGCAGGAAAGUUUAAACAGUUUUCUGCUGCACAGAAUGUGAAAAUCACUCUGCAAAGAAGAUAUAAGAAUGCAGUUGUGGAUAGCUCUCGUCAAAAGCAAUUAGAAAUGUUUCUUGGAUUGAGGCUUUUCAAGCAUCUUCCAUCGAUUUCCCUUAAACCUCUACAUGUACCAUCUCGACCGUCUGGUUUUGUUCUCAAACCAAUUGCAAACUUGUUUCCUAUUUCUGGUGGUGAAGCUAAUCUUCUGAGUUUCAAAAGAAAAGGCCUUGUCUGGAUUUGUCCACAGCCUGCAGAUGUAGUUGAAAUCAUUAUUUAUCUCGGUGAACCUUGCCAUGUUUGUCAGCUCCUUCUCACAAUAUCCCAUGGUGCAGAUGAUUCAACUUAUCCAUCUACAGUUGAUGUAAGGACAGGGCGCCAUUUAGAUGGGCUUAAACUGGUCUUGGAGGGUGCUUCUAUACCACAAUGUGCAAGUGGGACCAACCUUGUGAUACCCUUACCUGGGGCAAUUAGUGCAGAAGAUGUGGCUAUAACUGGGGCAAAUUCUCGUCUUCAUUCCCAAGAUGCAUUACCCUUCUCCUUACUGUAUGAUUUUGAGGAACUUGAGGGAGAGUGGGAUUUCCUUACUCGCGUAGUUGCACUAACCUUUUAUCCAACUGUUUCUGGAAGAAAACCAUUAACACUUGGUGAGAUUGAAAUCCUUGGAGUUUCUCUUCCUUGGAGUGAUGUAUUUACCAACGAAGGCCCUGGUACAAGAUUAGUUGAGCAUGUCAAGAAGUUUCAAGAAGAGCAAAAUCCAUUUUUAUCUGAUUCUGAUACUAGUCCAUUUAACCCUUCAUCCAUUGAAAAAGUAUCACCAACCGAGCAAGGAGGCAGUUCUGCUGACCUUUUGCUUGACCUCCUGUCUGGGGAUGACCCACUUCCACACCCACUUGCACAACCAGUUACUGACAACGUUGUCUACCAGGAAAGUGACCCACUUGAUUUCUUGGACCUAAGUGUUGAAAAUCGUGGUGCCAAAAGUGAUGGUAAAUUUUCAGCAGAAGAUGCCCGACAUUCAGAUAGUAAUGCUGAACAAUAUUUGAAGUGCCUUAAAACUCUUGCGGGGCCAGGUCUGCAAAGAAAAAUCAACUUCAUUGAAGCCAUGAAACUUGAAAUUGAACGUCUUAAGUUGAAUCUUUCUGCUGCUGAAAGGGAUAGAGCCUUGCUAUCCGUUGGAAUGGAUCCUGCAACCAUUAAUCCCAAUGCACUUCUUGAUGAAGCUUAUAUGGCAAAAUUAUCUAAAGUUGCAAACAAUCUUGCUCUGCUUGGUGAAACUUCUCUUGAAGAUAAAAUUGUUGCUGCUAUUGGUCUUGGGACUCUUGAUGAUAAUCCAAUAGAUUUCUGGAAUAUUAUCAGUCUUGAGGAAACCUGUUCUGGUGGCAACUGUGAAGUGCGUGCUGAAAUUAAAAAGGAAGUUCAUUCAUCUAGCACAAUGUCAUCUACUGGUGCUUCAGAAGCUAUAUUCUUGUGUUCCCAAUGUGAAAGGAAGGUUUGUAGAGUUUGCUGUGCAGGGAGGGGGGCACUUCUGCUUGUUGGAUAUAACACUAGAGGAGAGGUCAUGAAUUACAAUGGUGCUUCAAGCCAAAGUGGCCUUGUUGAUUUACCUGUAAAUCGUUUAUUAGCUCGGGAUGGUAUAAUUUGCAAACGAUGUUGCCAGGAUAUUGUGCUUCAGGCAUUGAUUUUGGACCAUGUGAGGGUUCUGAUUAGCUUACGAAGAACAGAACGCGUGGAAAAGGCUGCUUGCAAUGCUUUGAAGCAAAUCAUUGGUUUAUCUUGGGAUUAUCUUCUAGAAAAGAAUAAUGCCGAUGAUAACAAGCGUAAUGGAAAAACAGUACGUUCGUUACUGAAUGGAUAUGAAUCCCUUGCUGAAUUUCCUUUUGGCAGCUUUCUACACCCGGUUGAAGCAGCAGCAGAUUCUGCUCCAUUUUUGUCAUUGCUUGCGCCUUUAAAUUCUGGUUUGGGGUUAUCAUAUUGGAAAGCUCCAUCUCGUACCUCUGCCGUUGAAUUUGGAAUUGUCCUGGGCAAUAUUUCUGAUGUUAGUGGGGUUAUAUUGAUUGUCAGUCCAUGUGGCUACUCUGCGGCUGAUGCUCCUAUUGUGCAAAUUUGGGCAAGUAACAAAAUACACAAGGAAGAAAGAUCUUUAAUGGGAAAGUGGGAUCUGCAAUCUAUGAUUAAUGCUUCCUCAGAAUUAUAUGGACCUGAAAAGUCAGGAACAGAGCAUAAAGUUCCUAGACAUGUGAAGUUUCCCUUCAAGAAUUCUGUUCGCUGCAGCAUAAUAUGGAUAAGUUUACGCCUUCCGCGAGUGGGUUCAAGUUCUAUGAAUAUUGGAAAUGACUUCAAUCUGUUGUCUGUUGAUGAGAACCCUUUUGCACAAGAAACUCGACGUGCCUCAUUUGGAGGAUCUAUUGAGAGUGAACCCUGUCUUCAUGCCAAGAGGAUUUUAGUGGUUGGAAGCUCCGCUAGGAAGGAAGUUGAUCUUAAACCACAACAAAGCUCUGACCAGUUGGCCCUGACUGGGUGGUUGGAAAGAGCACCACAGCUAAACAGAUUCAAGGUUCCAAUUGAGGCUGAAAGAUUGAUGGACAAUGAUCUUGUCCUGGAGCAGUAUCUGUCUCCUGUUUCUCCCUUGCUUGCUGGUUUUCGUCUAGAUGCCUUUAGUGCAAUCAAGCCUCGGGUUACCCAUUCACCUUUUUCAGAUGUACAUGGCAAACAUUUUCCUUCCCUUGUGGAUGACAGAUACAUCACUCCAGCCGUAUUGCAUAUUCAAGUAUCUGUUCUCCAGGAACCCCAUACCGUGGUCACCAUUGGUGAGUACCGAUUACCAGAGGCACGAGCGGGAACACCAAUGUACUUUGACUUCUCUGGCCAGAUUCAAACUCGCAGAAUUUCCUUCAAACUACUCGGAGAUAUUGCAGCUUUUACUGAUGACCCCUCAGAACAAGAUGAUUCUGGCACUAGAAUUUCUCCACUGGCAGUAGGGCUAUCUUUGUCUAAUAGAAUUAAGCUGUAUUACUAUGCUGAUCCAUAUGACCUUGGCAAAUGGGCUAGCCUGGGAGCAGUUUAAUUACACACGUCAGUACUGGUUAUUAUAUUGAUUGACUGUGUAAACAUUAUGUUGUAUUAUGGUAUGUAAAGUUCAUCCAUUGAUGUAACAGUAUUAUAGGAUUAUUCUAUUAGGAACAUUAUUUGUAUCAUUUCUGGCCACUUGUGGGUUAGCUUGGAAAAGGUGGGAUUUGGGAGUUUUUGAUGGGGUUAGGGUUUGGAGGUUCGAUUUUAGUAGUUAUUUAGUUUACCAAAAGGGUGAAUUUCAUUUUUGACUUAUAUUUUAAAUGUAAUUGUUUCUCUCAAA